AUGAAAGCUACAACAGGUAUCGACUUGAUUGUCAUCAACGCUACAGUGGCUACGGCCUCCGAUAUAGUCCCAAACCAGGACAUCGCUAUCUCUGGUGGGAAAAUCGUCUUACUGGGGCAGAACCUUGCGGCACUUUUCCCCAGUGCGGACACCAUCGAUGCAGAAGGCGCAUAUGUCACCCCCGGCGGCGUCGACAGCCAUGUGCACUUGCAGCAAGACAACUCUCCGACUGGCGAUACCUGGGAGUCGGGGACUCGGUCAGCCAUCGCGGGAGGUACGACCACUGUUCUAGCAUUCGCGAGUCAGAAACGGACAGAUGAGAGUCUGUUCCCAGUGGUUGACGAGUACCACCGAAGGGCCAGUGGCCAGGCGUACUGCGACUACGGCUUCCAUCUAAUAUUGACCAACCCAACACCAACAGUCCUCGACGAGGAGCUGCCUGUCCUGGUGCGCGAGGGUGGCAUCAGCUCCGUCAAGCUGUACAUGACCUACCAGCCAAUGCGGCUGGGAGACCGUGAGAUCCUCGAUGUCAUGGAGACCACGCGACAGCUGGGGAUGACGACCAUGGUGCACGCAGAGAACCAUGAGAUGAUCCAAUGGAUGACCGAGAAGCUCGAGGCGCGCCGCCGGACCGAGCCAUAUGCCCAUGCUCUCGCACGUCCCAAUAUUGCAGAGGAUGAGGCAACGUAUCGUGUCAUUUCUCUGUCCGAACUGGCCGACGUUCCGAUCCUGAUCGUCCACAUGUCCUCGAAGCUGGCUGCAGCCCAUGUGCGGGCUGCCCAGACUCGGUUGCUUCCAGUGCAUGCGGAAACAUGUCCUCAUUAUCUGUUCUUCACGAGUGAGCGGCUCAAGGGAGAUGAUUUUGAGGGCGCCAAAUGUGUGUGCUCGCCAGCGUUGCGAGAGGAUCCGAUGGACCUGGAGGCAAUGUGGGCGGGUCUUGCGAAUUCGACCUUUACGACGGUCUCGAGUGACCACGCGCCAUCCAAAUUUGAUCACCCUUUGGGCAAGAAGAAAGGCACAUCCAGCUUCACUCAAAUUCCCAACGGACUGCCGGGGCUAGAGACACGGCUGCCGACAAUGUUCUGCGGGGGUGUUCUCACCGGCCGCAUCUCCAUUCAGAAGUUUGUCGAACUGACCAGCUCAAACCCGGCCAAGCUAUAUGGGCUUGGCAGCACCAAGGGGACGAUACAGCCCGGCUUCGAUGCCGAUCUCACGAUCUGGUAUCCCACCCCAGAACAAGCGACAUCUCACGGCAGCACGUCGACCAUGACACCGUUCCAGCUGUCGAACAGCAUGCUGCAUCAUGACAUCGACUAUACGCCGUUCGAGGGGAUGGAGUUCACCAACUGGCCUCGCUAUACCAUUCUUCGCGGCCAGACGGUGUGGAACCGGGACGCAGGAGGCGUGGUCGGCAGCAAAGGCGAUGGCGCAUUCCUGAAGAGGGGGUCGAGCUCCUUGAGCAGGCCGCGGAAUGUGUUUGUCAAUGAGUUUAGUCCGUACCUGUAG